AUGGCCUCAUCUUCUUCUUUUGAUUGCCGGAAGGCGAACCUCUCUGAAGAAUCGCAGGAGUCCUCAGUCACGUCAGGCGUCUCAUCAGGUGUCUUGUCAGGCUCAGCACAAUCGAUUAUCGAUGCCACUGUCCGCGGCCGACUCGGCUUUCCUGCCCCCCUGCCGCCACUGCGUCCUGCCACGGACGAGGAGAAUGAGACCUCUGUGCCCCUUGAUAUCCAAAAGGAGAUUUUGUCCACAGUUGGGCGGUUGAUGCAGCAUCAUGGCCUCACCUAUAGAUACACGCUGUUCAUAUCCUGA